AUGUUGGAGAAGGAGAAGUUCUGCGACAUCUUCGAUCCUGAAACAAACUGCUGGACCUCGCUCCCUGCUACCGCCUACACGAACCUCGGGGUAGGCCAGGGCAUUUUCGAGCGGGCAGCAUUUUUCGGCGCUGCUGCAGUUGAAGGUCGUGUCGUGGCAUUGGUCGGCGGCGUCACCAUUGCUUACAACCCCAGAGUUCCCGAAGAUGGUUGGAGAGCUGUCGAAGCACCAAACAGCCAUGUCAAGGUGGGUGCCUCCUCAUGUGCGUGCGCCUUCCGUGGGGAACUGAUAGUUGCUUCAGGCCGCCCACGCUGCUUUUCGAAGUGUGUUGCCGGCUUCCGAUUUUCUGCAGAUGCCUCGCAGCCUCUUUGGUGGCAUGGCACAUGGCGUCAGCUGCCGAAGCUGCAGAGCGCACGCGUUGGUGGGGCGCUCGUAGAGGUCUACGACCGCUUGUACAUCACAGGAGGCGUUGACGAGGAAACUGGCGAGUUCUACGACACGGCAGAGCGCCUCGCGGAGGAGUCCUGGGACUGCGUGUCCUGGUUCCAGAUGCCACGUGCGUUGCACGCGCACGAGGCACAUGCCUUGCCGUACCUCCCUGCCACGCAGCUCAGCUACUCGCAACCAAGUGAGGCUUAG